GCAACCAUUUUAAAAACAUUUGAUGGAUAUAACUCACCGCCCUAUCUAAUAGUAUUCUCGUACUACAGCUCCCAGAAGCUCCAUUUACUUGUCUGCAUAAAGCAAUCACAUCCAUGACUUGACACAGAUGAACCUCCGUUUCCUUCAACCAUGGGUCAAGGUUUCUCACUCACCACGCUCUCUGCGGGCUCUGCAGGUAUUGAUGUGCCGGAGCUCUCAGAUUUGGUCUAUGAGAAGUCCAUGGGAACUGCUCGGUUUAUGAAAAGUAUUCGCGCUCGUAGUCAAGAUGGAGUUGUACUCGUCAAGGUUGUCGUCAAGCCUUAUGCCAUGGAUCUCAAGAAGUAUAGGAAAAAGAUAAUACGUGAGCAACGCAAAUUGGAUCUACCCGACAGAAUCUAACAUAUCUGCGCAGGAGAACGAAAAGCCUUGGCAGAUGUCCCAAAUGCGCUUGCUUAUCAACGAAUAGCGGAGACCGAGACGAAUGGCUAUCUUGUGCGACAAUAUCUAUAUAGCUCCCUAUACGAUCGCAUGAGUACAAGACCAUUUUUAGAGGAUAUCGAGAGGAAAUGGCUCGCAUUUCAACUUUUAUGCGCCGUUCGCGACUGUCAUGCUAGGGACGUAUUUCAUGGAGAUAUAAAGACGGAGAAUGCAUUGGUUACUUCAUGGAACUGGUUAUAUCUUUCCGACUUCUCUUCCUCUUUCAAACCAACAACAUUACCGGAAGAUAAUCCGGCAGACUUCUCGUACUAUUUUGAUACUGCUGGACGAAGAACAUGCUAUCUAGCGCCAGAGAGGUUCUUGACCACAGGAGAAACGCCAGAUCCGAAAGCACCAAUUACUUGGGCUAUGGAUGUCUUCAGUGUCGGUUGUGUGAUUGCUGAGCUAUUUACGGAGACCCCUAUUUUCACAUUAAGCCAGCUAUACCAAUAUCGCAGGGGAGAGUAUGAUCCAGUUGCCUCACUGCUCAACCGAAUAACAGAUAAAGAUGUACGAGAAAUGGUGUCGCACAUGAUACAACUCAGUCCGGAAUCUAGAUAUUCAGCAGAAGAAUAUUUGCAAUUUUGGAGAAAGAAGGUCUUCCCAGAUUACUUUUACAGCUUUCUACAUCAAUACAUGGGAUUAAUCACGGACCCAUCGUCGGGAAGAACUCCAAUAUCUGGAUCGUCGGCUAAUCUGGGCGAAGCUGAUGAACGCAUUGAUCGUAUCUAUUACGACUUUGAUAAGAUUUCGUAUUUCUUAGGCUAUGAAAAUGAGAAACCAGCACCAGCUACUAGGAGUCUGUCUACAGGAACAAGCUUACGACCUAUCCCUGUACAUCUCAACAUACCGAACAAUGAGCACGUUGCUUCUGCUCUUGGUAGGCGACCUGUAGACGAUGGGACUUUGAUUUUCCUAACUUUAGUUGUAUCAUCAAUGCGAAAUACUGCAAGAGCCACCGCAAAGAUACGAGCUUGUGAUAUAUUACUGGCCUUCGCCGAGAGAUUGACCGAUGAAGCGAAACUAGAUCGGGUUCUUCCAUAUAUCAUGACGUUGCUCACUGAUAAAUCUGAACUUGUGAAAGUCGCAGCUAUUCGUACAGUAACCCAGCUUUUGGCUCUUGUUACGGUGGUCUCAGCAAUAAAUGCACAUGUUUUCCCAGAAUACAUCUUACCACGGAUGCAAAUAUUCCUCUCAGGUUCACCAACAGAGCCUGGCGCUUUGGUAAGAGCUACCUAUGCAGCAUGUCUUGGAAGCCUUGCGACUUCCGCCUCCAAGUUCCUCGAUAUGGUUGCAACUUUGAGAUCUGAUGGUUCACUUCCUACUUCAGACCCCGAUGCCGAUGACACCAUUAGUGGGGAAGCACCAUUCCAAGGCCUAUUUGACACAGCUCGAGCGGAGCUCAUAGAGAUAUUCGAAGCGCAUACCAAGGCCUUGAUAACAGACAACGACUCUUCUGUCAAAAGAGCUUUUCUGGGAUCUGUGCCAGAGCUAUGUAUGUUCUUUGGUACAGCAGACUCGAAUGAUAUUAUCUUGAGUCACCUUAAUACUUACUUAAAUGAUCGAAACUGGAUUUUAAAAUGUGCUUUCUUCGAGACGAUUGUGGGUGUUGCAACUUUUCUAGGCGGGACCAGUCUUGAAGAGUUCAUACUGCCGUUAAUGGUUCAGGCUUUGACGGAUCCUGAAGAGUUUGUAGUGAGGAGUGUCUUGCACUCGUUUGCUGAUAUGGCCCAGCUAGGUUUGUUUCAACGAUCAAAGAUAUGGGAAAUGGUAGAUGUUGUCAGCCGCUUCACAAUGCAUCCCAACAUCUGGAUAAGAGAAGCUGCGGUGAACUUCAUUUCAUCCGCAACUAUUUUCUUGUCCAGUGCCGACAAUCUAUGCAUUAUCUUACCGCUCAUCCGACCAUAUCUCAAGACUGGAGUUAACGACUACUCAGAAUUAGCUUUGCUUGAUGCACUCAAGAAACCAUUAUCGAGAGCAGUUCUUGAUAUGUCUAUUAACUGGGCUCUGAAAGUGGAUAGAGGCAUAUUCUGGAAACCUGUCAAUCAGUUACGAACGUUUUCUUUCAGCUCGUGCAAUUUUGUACCGACUAUUUCAUCAAACGAGUCUGGUCAUAACCCUUUACACAGAAUACCAAAGAAUGAAGAGGAUGAACAAUGGUUGGCCAAACUUCGAAAUAUAGGAAUGAGCCACGACGAUGAAGCAAAGUUACUUGCCUUGAGAGAAUAUAUAUGGCGCCUUGCACCUUCAAAAGCUAGAGAAGGUUCAACACAUCCAUCCUAUCUAAAUAACGUCAUCAAUCUUCGAAGCCUCAAUAUCACACCACAGACAGUAAUGUUCGAUGAACAGAUUACAGAAGAACCACCACGCAAAAUUAGUAAUGGCUUAGAGGGCAAUGGGGAACAGCACUCCAUUACUGAUGCUUUACUAGAUGCUUCCAUGACCAUCGAUGAUCCCAUUGCCAAAAGAAAACUUUCUGCGAUGAAUAGACAUAAAUCGAAAGCCGGCCUACCAAUUACGAGUAACGGAUUGGAGCCGCACUCUCCAACUUUAUCACCAGCAUUCCUAUCCCCUUCGGAUUCCUCGACACCUCGGUCCUCUUCAACGCCACGAAAAGGAUCGUUGGUACGCCCUGGAAGCCCAGACACAACUGGUCAAAUGAGUGACGAUGGAACAGCGUCACUGUUGGAAGCUACACCUAUCAAGUCAGGGGAUACUGUUCGUGGUAUGCGCCAUAAGCCUUCUGCGAUGACUCUCAUGAAUCGUAAAGAAUCGGGAAAAAGUGUUCCCGAGACAGGUACUACUUCAACAAAUGCGUUCGGUAAAGUUGAAGGACCUUUCACACAAUUCACAACUCAACCUUUGCCAAUAAGUCUGGCAAGAGAUCAGGAUGGCUCAGCAAAAAGCGAAAUUCGAUUCAGAGCAGCUCAUACCUAUUCAGGUAACGAUCCAAACAUACUAAAAAUGCUGGAUGCGAUGUAUGUGGACAAUUACCCCAAUGAUAUUGCAGAAUUUGGACCUAUGAUCGCACCGUCGAGUCGGCGCAGAGCUAUUAGUAGAAAUAAUAGUCAAGCUGCGGACAAACCAUGGAGGCCUGAGGGUACGCUUGUUGCUACUUUUGCUGAGCAUGUUGGACCAAUUCAUCAUAUUGCUGUUGCUCCAGAUCAUGUCUUCUUCCUCACUGGCGGAGAUGAUGGUUGUGUAAAAAUCUGGGAUACUGGGAGACUUGAACGGAAUAUCGCUCAUCGAUCCAGACAAACACACAAACAUGGAAAUGAUGCCAAAGUUACUGCAUUAUGUUUUGUGGAGCACACGCACUCUUUUGUCAGCUGCGGAAGUGAUGGAAGUAUCAAUGUAGUCAAAGUUGAUUGUAUCCAAAGUGGUGGAGUGGGAAGAUAUGGUAAACUUCGCCUUUUGCGCGAGUAUCAGCUCCAGAAAAACGAAUUUGCUCUUUGGGCGGAGCAUUUUAAACUAGAAACGAAUUCCGUUUUGCUUAUUGCCACAAAUCGUUCAAGGGUCUUGGCUAUCGAUUUAAGAGCCAUGACAAUUCUCUAUACUUUAGAGAAUCCUGUGCACCAUGGCACUCCUACAUGUUUCUGUAUAGAUAAAAAACGUAGCUGGUUAUUACUUGGAACUUCCCAUGGUAUCUUGGAUCUGUGGGAUCUACGGUUCAAAGUCCGUCUGAAGGCUUGGGGUGUACCAGGAGCCACAUCUAUAUACCGAAUUCGUAUUCAUCCUACCAGAGGUCGAGGAAGAUGGGUUUGUGUUGCUGGUGGUAGUGGACAGGGAGAAGUUACUGUCUGGGAUGUCGAAAAGACGCAAUGUCGAGAAGUUUAUCGAUCUGGGUCAAGUCGAGAGGCGCCAAAGAAUUAUGAACCUUGGCCUGUGGAUGAGGAUCGUCCAGAAGGUAUGCUUGGCCGUUUUGCAGGAGCUCUUGAGCCAACAGCCACUGCCUCAAAUUAUGGCAUUCGUGCUAUGAUUGCCGGCACUGAUGCCAAUGAUGAUAAUCGUGAUGUCAAAUAUGGUUUUCUUAUCACUGGUGGUUCGGACCGGAAGAUCCGUUUUUGGGAUCUAUCGCGCGUUGAAAGUUCAAUGGUUGUGAGUGGUUUAGAGACUGAUGAGCUCAAACCGUCUUACGCUAGCUCACAUCCUACACCAAUACUUACAUUGAACAACGAGCGAGUCCCCAGACAGAACCCAACAGCCCCUAAUGCUGGAACAAGAGACAGGGGCAAUGAUGGAGGUAAAGCAGAGGGGGGUAGUAAAGGAGGUGGAAAGGCGCCAAGGAGUACGGUUAUUUCGUUGCAAGGACAGAAAUUAUUGAGGGCGCAUUUGGAUUCAAUUUUGGAUGUGGCGUUGCUAGAGAGUCCUUACGGUAUGAUGGUUAGUGUUGAUAGAGGGGGCGUUAUCUUUGUCUUUCAGUGAAUUGAGUGGGAUUCUGAGAAUAUACGAGGGAUAGGAGUUAUGGACUUGGUGGUAAACAAAUCCUUGAGAUUGAGGAUGGGAAAUGGGGUUAUUGUGAUAUUGAGACGAGUGGUAUACAUAGAUUGAGCGAUGAGCUCAUGGAUCUAUUAGACGAUAGUAAUGAAUCAUUA